AUGGAUGAUCUGAAGGAGGAGCUUUCACCGGCUGACUUUAAAGCUGCUAAAAGUAACCGAAUCAGAUAUUCUAGACAAGAUUAUAGACAUCUUCCUUAUUUUGCAACAGAUUUUGAAUGGAAAGAUUAUAGCCCUGCCGUUUUCAGACGUAUACUAGAGCAUGACGGUAUUGAAUAUUCCGAUUACCAGUUGUCAGUAUGUGGAGAUGAGACUCUAAGGGAGGUUUCGUUUUCAAUGAAACCUGGUAUGAUGUUCUUAUUAUCCAAUGACAAUCGGUUUGUUGUCAAAACCCUGCGCAAAUCUGAGUUGAAGAUACACCUAGAGAUGCUUCCCAACUACUACCACCAUAUUAUGAAGUUCGGAUCCUCAAUAAUAGUUAAACUCUACGGACUUCAUGUUGUCAGGCCAGCAGGGGGUAUUAAGGUUUACUUUGGUGUUUACAAAAACAUAGUCCCAUCGGAUAUUUCCAUAUUUGAGCAUUAUGAUCUCAAAGGCUCUGCAAAAGGUCGAGCAGAGAACAAAAUCAUUGUUCAUGAGAGACCUGUACAUAAGGAUAUGGAUUUUGAUUUUUACUUCUACCUGGAUCCAUUGGUCCGAGCUCGGCUGUUAGCGCAAAUCAAGUAUGACUGUGAAUUUUUGGAAGCUGAAGGCAUCAUGGAUUACAGUUUGUUUCUUGCUAUACAAAUAGAGUCUCCACAUGAAGAGAUAAUGGAACGAAUUUCCAGAAGGACUGAUAAAGUGAUGAUGAACGAUACUUCAGAAGGAAGUGAAAGCUUGGAGUUGACUCUUGCUGAUAUUUGCAACCUACUUGACAGGCCUGGUUAUAAAUUUGGUUCAAGCCUGCCAGCAUGCGCUGUCCGGGACUGCAGGAAAGAAAUGGUGGGAGGUUCGAGAUCAUAUAAGGCCAGGGGCUCUAGAACUAGAACACACUCAUCUGCACAGGAAUGCUUCAAUGUUCUUCUAUUUUUUGGAAUAAUAGAUAUUUGUCAGAGUUAUAAUAUGAGAAAACGCCUUGAGCAUGCCUGCAAGUCCAUCAAAUAUGACUCGAAGUCCAUUAAAACCGUGAACCCCAAAGCUUAUUCUUCUCGGUUUCAAGAGUUUAUCAGCGAAGUAUUUCUACCUGAAGAGUCAGACGGCUUUUCUAAUAAACGCUAUGAAGGGUUUCUAGCUGUUAGGGAUGCAUUUUGA